AGGAAUGUCGAUCCUAUGAAACUGAAAUCAUAGACCAAUAGACAGGAAACGAGUUUGUUGGUUGACCAGUUGCCGUUGUAACAAAUUUAACCUAAUCUAUAUAAUUGAUAUGAAAGUCAAAGCAUUCCGAUUUUUAAGAGAGACUGGUAUGCUAAUUGUUUGACACCACAAUAUCCAGAAUGAGACCGCGAACACAAAGACCUGCGCGAGGGUAGAAUCAGCGCAGGAGAAGGGGGCAGACUCGAGUGAACCUGGAGUAUCAGCCCAGCUCAGGCACCUUGGCAGAAUGUACCCAAUGGAUCCAGAGAAGCACAGUCACCAGAGGGAGUAUGGAGAACCAGAGAAAUGCAGUCAGCGGAGGGAGUAUGGAGAACCGGAGAGGUACAGUCGGCGGAGGGAGUACGGAGGACCGAGCUCAGGACAAUGGGACGAUAGCCUUGAGAAGAGAGGCAAUGGCCAGGCUAUGCCCCGAAAGCCCUACAGUGACUACUCCAGCAUGAGGAGGACUAGAGAAGGUGGGAAGGAGUAUGGCGCUUCCUCUGCUAUGAGCUACAUCAUGGACCCAUCAUCCAGAGACUGGGGCAAAGGCUCAUUGAGGGGUAGCAGUGCUCCCUUCUCCCCAGACACAGAUGGAGAUACUGUGGACCUCAGUGUAGAGGACCUGGAGCUCGCUCGUAAGAAGAAGGAGCUGAAGGUCAUAGAGGAAAAGAUAGCUCGCAAGAAAGCUGUUCUUGCUAUGCAAAAAGUUAAACGCGGAGCUAAGGACAUGCCUGAAACACAGACUGCAUCCGCAACAGCGAAGGGCAUGUCUAAACAGAGGAAGGUGAACAAUACAACAUUCCAAAGAUACAGUAAUGUCACAGACCAGUCAUCACGCAUAUGCCUACCUCUUAAACGGAGGGUGCUAGACAUUCUGAGUAAGCUCAGAAGAACACCGGUGCGGUACCUACCUCGUAAGGAUACCCCUGCCAAGCUGAAGAAACAAAACAAGAUGCGAGCAUUGGAGCUGAUGAUUAGAGCUCCCCUAGAAAAUGAAGAGGCCCAUCCUCUGAGACUGAGAGUGAAGGUUUUAAUGAACCAAAGACGCUCUCCCAACAAUGAGGUAUUCCCUAAUGAUAAACAACAUAAUCCAACCAUUCAGAGGCCAGUUCACUCACUCAGGACACAGGAGAAAGACAUAGCAGCCACAGGCUUCCAGCGCUUCCUCAAUGUCCUCAAUGAAGGUGUGGACAUCAACAAGCUCUCAAAGAUCGUCAACGACGAAAAUGAGCUACUCAUUGUGGGCGAGGAGCUACCACAAGUUUGGCCGACUCUGCUCGAGGGUCAUGUUGACUCCAGCAGUAGAUCCAAGUCUUCUCCAGUUGAGGAGAAGGUGGUGAGGCUUGAGGAUGAGCAGCGGUACGAGCGGAUGCAGACCCUGCUAGAGAUCGUUGGGCUGGACUUGGGGGUUGAGGAGUUGGGUCGGCUGACAGACAGGACCAAUGAUAGGCUGUAUGGGAAGAUGGGAGACUUGAAAAGGGACAGAGCCAGAGAAGGGGACAGUCCUACGAGAGGGAGAUACAGGCAAAGAUGCUCUAGUACCAGAGACAAUGACAGAGUCAGAGAAAGGGACAGAUCUGAGAGAAACCGAAAGGGAGACGGGCACAGACACUCUAGUACCAGAGAGCGAGACAAGGACAUACUGGUAGUCAGAGAAACUAACAGAUCAGAAAGGAACCGAGAUAAAGACGGGGACGGAGACCCAGAGAAGGACUGGGACGGAGGCCGAGAGAGAGACCGGGACAGAUCUAGGAGAGACGGGGGCAGAUACAGAUCUGAGAGAGACAGGGACAGAGACCCAGAGAAAGGCAGGGACGGAGGCCGAGAGAAAGACCGGGACAGAGUGAGAGACCAGGACAGAUACAGAAACCGAGAUAUAGACAAGGAUAUAGGCAGGUGGCUGCAAAGGACCAGAGACGGAGACAAACGCUCUAGGGCCAGAGACUGGGACAGCGAGAGCGACUGGAACAGCCACUCUAGUACUAGAGACUGUGACAGAGAAAGAUCUGAGAGGGAUAGGUAUGGGGAUGAGCCCAGGGAAAGCUCCAUUGGGCUCUACUCAUACUCCAAGGACCCUAUAUUCCCUGUUUCUCAUCCUCAUGCAUCUAUGAUGGCUACCUACUCCACCAACCAAUGCUCUCAGUAUAUAGCAUACCACAGCAGCCCCUACCCCAUUGCCUUCCCUCCAGGGUGGGGUUAUCCCCCUGGUACCAUGCCUCCUGGUACCAUGCUUCCUGGAAUCAUGCCUGCUGGUGCCAUGCUGCCUAGUAACAAGCCCCUCCAACGUAACCCCCCUGGGUAUUCACCCUACACCAACUUCCCCCCAUAUUACUCUAAUGGCACCACAGCCUUAAACCAGACAUACGCAUACACCCAGCCUGCUUGCAACCUCCAGCUCUCAUCUACCCAGCCUGCCAGCACUCAAGCAGUCUUCCGUAAGAGAUGCAGAUACAUCCAACCUGCUAGCAACCGCAAGAAAAAGGCACAGAAGCAUGAAAGAGCCCUAGUGAAAGGUGUCCUGUCAGAUGGUGACAAAGAAGUCCCCCGCGGUAUUGACCACUCAGAUGGCGACAAAGAAGUCCCCUUCUGAACCAGGGUCCAAGAUUAAAGCAAAGGGGAGAAACAAUAUAUUCUUCACAGGUAUAUUCAUGAAGAGUUAUCACAGUCAUCAAAGAAAGUUUCAGUAUAAUAUGAAACAGCUUGCGAAGAAGAGGAAUAAGGCUCACCAGCGCAAAAGAAAGCGAUUGCUUGCAGAAGCAGCAGGGAAAGUGGCCCCUCACUUCCCCUUUGAACCGGAGCCCAAGAAAGACCAAGAAGGAGAAGCAAUGAUAGAUGGGGAGAAACUACAUGCUGACACUGCUGGAGAAGUGAUCCCUCAGGAAGCUGUAAAGAAUUUGGAGGCAGCAUCUGAAACCGGGCCUAAGAAAGAACCAGAAGGCGAGAAACUACAUGCUGAUGCUGCAGAGAAAGUGGCUCCUCAGGUGACUGCAAUGGACUCUGCGGCCUCCUCUGAAGAAGUGGUCCCUCAGGAAGCUGCAAAUAAUUUGGAGGCACAAUCUGAAACAGGGUCUAAGAAAGAACCAGAAGGCGAGAAACUACAUGCUGACACUGCUGAAGAAGUGGUCCCUCAGGAAGCUGCAAAUAAUUUGGAGGCACCAUCUGAAACAGGGCCUAAGAAAGAACCAGAAGGCGAGAAACUACAUGCUGAUGCUGCAGAGAAAGUGGCUCCUCAGGUGACUGCAAUGGACUCUGCGGCCCCCUCUGAAAUCGUCCCCAAGAAAAAAAAGUUGUAUCCAGGUAUCUUCAUGAGGAUUCUAAUGAGACGUCUAAAGAGGCAUCAGUACAAGAUAAAAGGGAAGAAGAAGCAUUUUGCAAAGAGGAGGAGAAAGGCUUUCCAGUACAAAGGGAAGAGACCAUUGGUAGACACUAAGGAGAAAGUGCCUCUUCUAGAGGCUGCAAAGGACUCUGGGAACCCCUCUGAACCAUGGCCCAAGAAAAAGAAAAAAAAGAAAACACUAGAGGAAAAAGGAGGUAUAUACUACCCAGGGAUAUUCAUAAGGGUACACAGAACCUAUUUGACAAGGGGGAAACUGUCAAAGGCAAAAGCAGCUGCUGAAGGCACUGAGGCCAUUUCUGAACCAGCACCCAAGAUUGAAGGGGAGGGAGGAAUGACAGAAGGGGAGGAACUGCUUGCAGACACAACAGAGAAAGGGGUUCCUCAAGUGGCUACAAAUGACUCUGGGCUUUCCUCUGAACCAGGGCCCAACAAAGUUUCUUCCUCUCUUUCUGGUUCUAUGUUAGAAGAGGAGAAACUGCUUGCAGAUCAUGUGGCGAAAGUGUCUGUAAAGGGCCCUCAGGUCCUUUUGGAACCAAAGGCUGAGAAAGACCGAGAAGGAGAGGACGACGCAAUUAUAGAUGGCGAGAAACUGCUAGCAGACCCUGUGGAGAAAGCGGCUGUAACGGGCCCUGGCUUCCUCUCUGAACCAGAGGCUGAGAAGGAGACAAGGGGAGAAACAACAAGUGGCAUGAGAAUUGAUGGAGGAACAAUAAGCUUGAAGAGUUCAACCUGAAGAUGGGCACGCCUAACAUAGCCUGGCUAGCUGUUAUCUUCACUUGGUAUCAUGAGCUCAUCUCCCACUAGAAUAGAACCUGCUGCUGACCCAUCCAGACCCUAUGGACAUCAGUUGGCUUACAUUCUUACCUAUCAACCAUUUAUAGAUUUGUAAUGACGCUAACAAAGGAUUUGUUCAAGUUUAGCCUUAUCCUUAAAUGCUUCGCAUUGAAGUUAUUUUCAGUGUAAUUUAUUGGUAUUGUGUGUGGGGUAUGGGUAGGGUCUAGCACAUUCAUAUAUGCUAAGUACCUUUAGCGCCUAUUGAUGAUAAUAUCUUCUGGCCGGGGGAGUUUAAUUAAGAGCCCCGACCCUUGCACUAAACGUUAACACGCAUCGCUUGCGGUCCGAUUUUGGAACAUAAGGAACUAUCUUUCAUAUCAGCAGGACAAAAAUGCUAAUUUAUUGGGUUAGGGUUCCCACAUGGCCAUAUUUCCAUGUUACAGUGCUUGUUUACGGGAAACGGACAGAAGACGGAGUCGACUACCUGUGCUAAUUACCGAUCUGCAUCCCCAAAACCCUGUGUGUAAACGAAAGAUGGACACCACAAACUCGUUGUCACUGAAAAAUACUGUCGGCUGCAACCGUAAAAAAACAGUUUUAUAAACUGGGUGGUUUGAGGCUUGAAUUCUGAUUGGCUGAAAGCCAUGGUAUAUCAGACCAUAUUCCAUGGGUAUGACUAAACAUUUAGUUUUACUGCUCUAAUUACAUUGGUAACCAGUUUAUAAUAGCAAUAAGUCUCCUCUGGGGUUUGAUGUAUGGCCAAUAUACCACAGCUAAGGGCUGUGUCCAGGCACUCCGUGUUGCGUUGUGCUUAAGAACAGUCCUUAGGCGUGGUAUAUUGGCCAUAUACCACAACUCCUCGGGCCUUAUUGCUUAAAUAACAGUAGAGUAAGUGUAUAUUUUGCAUAUGAAAGUAGAUGGCUUUAUGUUUAUAGAACCGUACUGCAAUUUAGACGGAGUAUUUGGCUGCCAGAGACAAUUUGCCUGUUUAUAAACCAAAUAAGGGCGUGGAGUUUACUUGGUCUGGUCAUGUGGUCAGGAAAAAUUCCUGGCCCUAGGCAUAGUGCAUGUGUAUCAAUGCGAUGAAAAGACUAUUGAUGGCAUUAUGUUUGUAAGUUAUCAUGCCUGAUAGCUAAAAGUAAGAACUGCCCUUGUUUCAUUCCCCAGUGCAGUCAGCCCUCCUAUUUCUAUAGAUCAUCUUUCACUUUGUAAAUAAGGAUUUGAAUAAAAUAUUCUGUCUAUUGUAA